AUGUCUUCGAUGGCAAGAGAAGAACAAGUAGUCCAACAUUUCACCCAUGUCCAUCCAGUGACGAAGGUUGAAGGGUUUGGCGGGUUCAUAUGCAAUGGCUGCAAAACCUACGGCUUUGGGAAGACGUACCGUUGCAUACCAUGCAACUACGACCUUCACGAGUACUGCGCCACGUGUCCCCCUACCCUCCUCAGCUUUCUGCAUCCAGAACACGAGCUCCGCUUAGUCUUUAAAGGACCAGCGCAGACGCCUCAGGACAGACGUGGCUGCAACAUCUGCCACGAACUAGCCGAGGGGCUCUACUACCAGUGCGAGCCUUGCGGCUUCGAAGUGCAUCCACUUUGCUCACAGCUGCCUCAGCACGUGACCCACGUGCCUCACCCGGAUCAUCCCUUGGAGCUGUCUCAUAUGGGAGCAAGCAACAUGUGCAUGGUCUGCCACGGUGCGAUCCGGUCUUGGCGGUACAAGUGUGGUCCAUGCCGGUUCGAUGUUCACAUGGCAUGUGUUAAUUCGUCUGCGUCAGCAGCGGCAACCAUUCAGCAAACGAGUUCCGGGUCGCAAGCGUAUCUUCAGCCUUGGCAGUAUCACCAACCUUAUCACAAUCAUGCAUGUGGGUGCGGAUACAAUUACGGAAAUACAAAUCAAGGUCAGCAACUUUUGGGUGUGAGUAAAGAACGCAUAAUGUUUAGCAUUGUGAUGACUCUAAUGGGUCUACCUUCGUUCUGA